AUGGAGCACUUAAGUCUUCGGGCCACUGGACCCCUCGGUAUAGCCAUUAGUCGAAAUAAUUGGAAAGUUACAUGCGAUAGCGACAACCCGGACUCAGACAAUGCCUGUCAAAAAGCAAUCGAUGGCGAUGUAAACAGCUUUUGGCACACGGCUUGGUUUGAAGAUACAAGCAAAGACCCAACGCUUCCGCAUACACUCACGGUCGACAUGAAGACCGUUCAAAACGUCAACGGCAUCUCUGCUCUUCCUCGACAAGACGGUACCACACACGGAUGGAUCGCGAGCCACGACAUCUUCCUCAGCACAGAUGGGAAAACCUGGGGAUCCCCUGUUGCGACAGGAACAUGGUAUGCAGACGGCACCGAGAAAUUCUCCAACUUUGAGACGAAGCGGGCUCGCUAUGUGCGUAUUGUCGCCACCACCGAGGCAUACGACGGUCCAUGGACGAGCAUCGCCGAGUUCAACGUCUACAAGGCUGCUUCUUACACUGCACCCAAAGCUGGAAUUGGAAUGUGGGGACCAACACUCGAUUUCCCAAUAGUUCCUGUUGCUGGAGCAGUUGAUCCAGAAACUGGAAAGGUUUUGGUCUGGUCUUCGUAUUAUCACGAUACCAUGAACGGUUCUCCUGGAGGCAUGACGCUGACUUCGCUCUGGGUUCCAGCGACGGGCAACAUCACCCAGAGAGAAGUCUUUGAGACCAACCACGACAUGUUCUGUCCUGGAAUUUCCAUGGACGGAACAGGGCAGAUCGUUGUGACGGGUGGUAACAGCGCUGCGAGGACAAGCACCUGGGACCCUGUCAAGAAUCAGUGGGUAUCAGGACCCGACAUGAGGAUCGCCCGUGGCUACCAGGCCUCCGCCACCACAUCAAACGGCAAGGUCUUCACUAUUGGAGGUUCUUGGGCUGGUGGUGAAGACUUCAAACCUGGAGAAAUCUUUGAUCCAAGCUCGAGGAAGUGGACACUCCUCCCGAAUGCGAAGGUCCAGCCUAUGCUCACGGCUGAUGCCCAGGGACUCUUUCGUUCUGACAACCAUGCAUGGUUGUUUGGGUGGAAGGGGGAGACCAUCUUUCAGGCUGGUCCCAGCUCUGCCAUGAACUGGUACUACACGGGAGGCAAAGGAACGGUUAAACCUGCGGGUAAGAGGCAGUCCAGCCGCGGAGUUGAUCCUGACUCUAUGUGUGGCAACGCCGUCAUGUUUGAUGCUGUCAAGGGAAAGAUUGUCACAUUUGGUGGAACACCAAAUUACCAGGACUCUUACGCUACGACAAACGCUCACAUCAUCACCAUCGGUGCCCCUGGAACGCAAGCAAAUGUGGUCUUUGCCAGUGACGGCAUGUACUACCCUCGUGUCUUUCAUACGUCUGUUCUCCUACCAGACGGCACGGUAUUCAUCACCGGAGGCCAAGAAUACGCCAUUCCUUUCGAAGACUCGACUCCUCAGCUUACACCGGAACUAUACAUCCCUGACAGCGACACCUUUGUCAAACAGCAACCCAACUCUAUCGUUCGAACCUACCACAGCAUGUCAAUUCUUCUCCCCGACGCAAGAGUCUUUAAUGGCGGUGGUGGGCUAUGUGGUGAUUGUUCAACAAAUCACUUUGAUGCUCAGAUCUUCACCCCAAGUUACCUCUUGACCAAAGACGGCAAGCCAGCCGCUCGACCAAAGAUCGUCUCAGUUUCGGCCACUACAAUCAAGGUUGGCGGUUCCAUCACUGUCACGACGGGAGGCGCUAUAAACACUGCCUCGCUGAUACGAUAUGGAACGGCCACGCAUACUGUCAACACUGAUCAACGUCGUAUUCCCUUGACGUUGACUGGCGCUGGGAAGAAUAAGUACACGUUAAAGGUUCCUAGCGACUCGGGUAUUGCUCUGCCUGGGUAUUGGAUGUUGUUUGUCAUGAAUUCUGCGGGAGUACCUAGUGUUGCGGCUACGAUCAAAGUCACUACUUAG